AUGGCAGGAAACUCAGGACGUGUAACAAAGAAGGCACCUGCAAAGAAAGCUGGCACAAAGUCAACGUCAUCAGGAUCUAAAGCACUCUACUCUGGCACCGCCCAGGGCACGACUCAGUUGCCAGUCGCCAGAGUCAAGAGGAUCAUUAAGGAGGAUAAGGAUGUUCAGAUGGUCAGCAAUGAUGCAGUCUUCCUUAUCAGUCUUGCCACCGAGCUGUUUUUGGAGAGCUUUACAGCCAAGGCGUUCAACUUGGCCAAGAUCGAGAAGAGGAAAACAGUAUCUUACAAGGACCUUGGUACGUUUGCGCUUCUCAAUCUUACAGGAUCUAUGGAGUCUGAAGAACUAUUGUACAAAAAGUGCUUUGGUAUGUAUGACCCAAGGACCACGACAUACGACGUUGAACAGGAUCGCUAA